GUUCUUGGAGGCUGACACUAUGAGCCAUUUGGACUGCAAGAUACACCCAAAGCAGCUGGGAACUCCGAAAGGUGUGCCCCAUGCACUUGGCUGCUCUGGAACUGGGUCAGCGCCAGGAGACAGAAAGAUGCUGAAUAAGCAUUCACAGGGGAAGAAAAGGAACGUUUUUGAGUCCUACAUGUCUAAGGAGAAUGUUUCAGCUGGCCUGAAGAGAGGAACACUUAUUCAGGGUGUGUUGAGGAUAAAUCCAAAGAAGUACCAUGAGGCGUUCAUUCCUUCCCCGGAUGGGACCAGAGACAUCUUUAUUAAUGGAGUUGUCGCUCGAAACAGAGCUUUGAAUGGUGACGUGGUAGUGGUGGAGCUGCUGCCCAAGGAUCGGUGGAAGGUAAUUAAGACAGAUGACAGUGAUAAAGGAGGUGAUACUGUCCCUGAGUCUGAUGUCACUGAGGAACUAUUAAGAACUCCACCUCAGCAGGUUGGGAGGAGGUUUACUGGUGACAGCCCUGAUGUCAUCCUAGAAGCUCAACUUAAUGAUAGUGAGACUGAAGAUGGGCAAGAACAUGGGCCAAGUGUUUUGGCUGAGGUUACCCAGGAGAAGGGUGAAUGUGUACAGAAGAAAGGAAGAAGGAAGGCUGGAUAUAAAGAUGGAAACAGCCCGAAGUCACAAGACACAAAACUCUGCUCAGACAACUUGCUCCAGAGAUCUGCCAAGGUGGUUUACAUCUUAGAGAAGAAGCAUUCCAGGGCAGCCACUGGGUUCAUCAAGCCCCUGGCCGAUAAGAACAGUGAGCUGUUCAGGAAAUGUGCCUUGUUUUCACCCUCUGAUCACCGAGUCCCAAGGGUGUAUGUGCCCCUCGCUGACUGUCCUGCGGACCUCGUGAGCCGGCCUAAUGACUAUGCCCAAGCACUCUUUGUCUGCAGGAUUGUGGCCUGGGAGGAGCACAGUCACUUUGCAGUGGGGCAUCUGGCUAAGAGCCUGGGCCAGGCUGGUGAGAUUGAACCAGAAACAGAGGGGAUCUUGAUGGAAUAUGGGGUCGAUUUCUCUGAUUUCUCCCCAGAAGUUCUGGAAUGUCUUCCCCAGGCCCUGCCUUGGACCAUCCCACCUGCCGAGUUCAGCAAGAGGAGAGAUUUAAGGAAAGAUUGUGUCUUCACCAUUGACCCUGCCACUGCUCGAGAUCUGGAUGAUGCCCUUUCCUGCAGGCCCCUUCCUGAUGGGAACUUUGAAGUGGGAGUUCACAUCGCAGAUGUCAGCUACUUUGUUCCGGAAGGAUCAGCUCUGGAUAAAGUGGCCAGCGAGAGAGCUACAAGUGUCUACCUGGUGCAGAAGGUCAUCCCCAUGCUCCCCAGACUGCUCUGUGAGGAACUAUGCAGCCUCAACCCCAUGACCGACAAGCUCACCUUCUCCGUCAUCUGGAAGCUGAGCCCUGAAGGCAAGAUCCUUGACGAGUGGUUUGGCCGAACCAUCAUCUGCUCCUGUACAAAACUGAGUUAUGAUCACGCCCAAAGCAUGAUUGAACACCCUGACAAGAAGUUCCAUGAGGAUGAGCUGCCUCCUAUGUCCACAGACCAUCCCAUCGAGCACAUCCAUCAGGCCAUCUUGAACCUCCAUGGGAUCGCCACACAUCUGCGUCGGCAGCGCUUUGUGGAUGGGGCACUUCGGCUCGAUCAGCUAAAACUUGCUUUCACUCUGGACCAGGACAGUGGGAUGCCUCAAGGAUGUCACAUCUAUGAAUACAAAGACAGCAACAAGCUGGUGGAGGAGUUCAUGCUGUUGGCCAACAUGGCAGUGGCUCACCAGAUCUACCGGGCCUUCCCUGAGCGGGCCCUGCUGCGCCGCCACCCGCCCCCCCAGAGCAAGCUGCUGAGUGACCUCGAGGAGCUCUGUGACCAGCUGGGGCUGGCCAUUGACUUCAGCUCGGCGGGAGCCCUGCACAAAAGCCUGACGGAGAUGUUUGGGGACGACAUGUACUCCCUGGCGUGGAAGGAAGUGCUCACCAACAUGUGCUCGAGGCCUAUGCAGAUGGCCCUGUACUUCUGCACGGGCGUGCUCCAGGACGCAGCUCAGUUUCGACACUACGCCCUCAACGUGCCCCUCUACACCCACUUCACCUCACCCAUCCGCCGCUUUGCCGACGUCCUGGUGCAUCGGCUCCUCGCCGCCUCCCUCGGUUCCAGAGAGCCCCUGAGCCUGGACGCAGACGCCCUCCAGAAGCAGGCUGACCACUGUAAUGACCGGCGGAUGGCCUCCAAACGGGUGCAGGAGCUCAGCACCAACCUUUUCUUUGCAGUCAUGGUCCGGGAGAGUGGCCCCUUGGAGUCCGAAGCCAUGGUCAUGGGCGUCCUGAACAAGGCCUUUGACGUGCUGGUGUUACGCUUUGGGGUGCAGAAGCGCAUCUACUGCAACGCCUUGCCACUACAGAACCACCACUUUAAGAAGGUGGGGAAGAAGCCGGAGCUCACCCUCAUCUGGGAACCAGAGAGCCCCCAGCAGAAGGCGGUGUCCCAGGUGAUCACCAUUUUUAGCCUGGUGGAGGUUGUUUUGGAAGCAGAGGAUGAUACCCUCAAGUACGUUGCCACCCUGAAGAGGCCGGAGAUGAUGGCAGAAGUGACCCAGGCACAGGAGGAUGGGCUGAGAGACCGAGACGAAUGAGGGGCCAGCUUGGUGACCCAGCACUGCUUCCCCUCUCUGCCUGGCCAGCACCGCCAAGUGGGAUGAAGGGACCUCGACAAGCCAAAGGGGUUUUUAAGUUUGUUUAAAGUUUUAAGUUAAGUUUAACAAUUUGGGAGUUUUGUGGAAGUUUAAUUUUAACAUGAACUGAGUGGGGACUGGACUGAGGUACUGGGAGAAUGGCAGGAGAAGGGGCUGGACUCUGCCGCACCUGCUGAGCUCUCUCUUAGCCAAGGAACAGCCCCUGCUCUUGGCCUCACCUCAGCAAGAACCCGCCAUGGUGGGCCGGGGGCCGCCUAGCCCAGCCAGCCUCCACCCAGCCAGGCUGGGGCUUUCUUGGUAAAUCCACAUCAUGGAAUAAAUUGGAUGACAAGGGACAGUGUGGUCUGUGUGGCAGUUGGAGGGUGCUUGGCUGGUGGGACUCCCUCUGCUUUCAAGAGAGAGUGGACAAGGGCUUGCCCACCGCCGGAUUGCUGGCUCUGUAGGCUGCUUCUGAUUGACCGAUUGAUGGUGCUGGAGUCUGCACUGCAACAGGGACGUCUCAGCCCCCGGAGCGUUUGUCUCGAGCCCUGGGUAAUUUAUAGACCCACCCCGGCGGGAGAUUAAUGCCUAGCAUGACAUUUCUGCUGAUUAAAAAUAUA